AUGGAGGAUGCCGCCAGCCCCACUCCCCUUGAACGAAUCAAGAGCUCGACUGUCCCGGAUGGAGGGUACGGUUGGGUCAUCGUGGGAUGUAUGCUAUGUAUCAACGCCGUGACAUGGGGUGUCAAUACGACCUAUGGCGUAUAUUCCGCCUAUUACUUACAACAUAACUACUUUGCAGGUGGAUCUACACUCCGAUACGCAUGGGUAGGAGGGCUAUGCGUAGCUGUAUCAUUAUCCAGUGGACCACUGGCGAACUAUCUAGUCGGCAAAUUUGGUUUCAGGACGCCGUUCCUCAUAGGCGCGGUAUGUGUCUGUGUUGGACAGUGCUGUGCCGGUAUCGCCCCAAACUAUGGAGUCUUCCUGGUCUGUCAGGGCCUCAUCUUUGGCCUCGGCCUUGGCCUUACCAUGAUCGUCGCUCAACCCCUACUUGCACAUUGGUUCGAUCGGCGUCUUGCCCUCGCUCAGGGCAUCGCCAACGCAGGCUCAGGAGUCGGAGCUCUGAUCCUGUCCAACACUACUCGAGUCGUCUUACAGCGCAUCGACGUCAAGUGGUCUCUCGUCAUCAAUGGUCUGAUCUCCAUUUCUGUCCUGCUUCCCGCGGCAUUCUUGCUGCGAGCACGAGACCAGCACGUCGGCAUGAGAUCACAUCCGUUGAAGAUCAGUUAUCUGUGGCACCCAGGGUACAUGUGGGUCUGUCUUUGGGGAGCGUUCUCCAUCAUGGCAUACUUUGUCGCCAUCUAUUCCCUCGCAUCCUUCGCGACUUCAGGACUCGGUCUGACCCAAACCCAAGGCGCAGCAUUACAGUCCAUCCUCGCCGCCGGUCAAGCUAUCGGUCGACCCUGCGUCGGCUGGGCACUCGACAAAGGCGGUCGCAUCAACAUGACUCUCUCAGCAUACCUCAUCACUGGUCUUUCCUGUCUCGUCAUUUGGUUACCUGCCAAAUCAUUCGGCGUCUUGAUCCUCUUUGCCCUCGUUCAGGGCUUGGUCGGAGGUACACUCUGGUCUGCCGCCACACCCCUCACAGCGAAAAUCGUGGGCGUCAAGGAACUCCGCUCAGCACUUGGUAUACUCUGGUUAGCCCUCGUCAUCCCCUCGCUCGUCGCUCAGCCUAUCGCCAUUGCAUUACUCGACCACUCUGAACGUGUUCUUGGACGGAAAGGACCCGAGGCUUAUUAUAUCAGUAUAGGGUUCUGUGGUGGAAUGGGCAUCGCUUCAGCUCUAUUGUUGUACCCUGCCAAAAGGUGGAUUCAAGGUGAUUGGAAGGUGCUCAAGGUGGCCUAG